GCUCCUGCAGCGAUCUGGAGGCUUUCCCUGACAGAGCUACGGGACGGUGCUCGCACAUCGGCCGAUGCGGAGCUUCUUCGUCGGAAUGCAGCCAUGGCUGCCUGCAGGAAGGCUUCACGGUGGCCUUACACUUUGCAUCUCCUCCGUCGUCCGCCGUCGCCGGAUGUGGUGAGCUUCAACACCGCCAUCAUUGCUUGCAACUCCCGACUGCGUUGGCCAUGCGCCGUUGACCUCCUUGGCAGCCUUGAGAUGCGCAGCCUGCAGACCGACGUCAUUGGACUCAAUUCUGCGAUCAGCGCAGCCGCGGCAGAUCAGGCCUGGCGCCGGCCUCUGUGUUUGCUCCAUAGCUUCGGUGCCCGACAACUCGCAGCCUCGGCAUUCACCAGCAGUGCUGCAACCUCUGCCUGUGCUGUGGCAUCCCAGUGGCAGGCUGCUCUUCAAGUGCCUGAGUCCUUGGCCGUCUGCAGGGUGGCGCAUACAGCGGAGAGUCUCAAUGCAGCGCUGUCCGGCUGUGGCAAGGUUGGUGCCUGGGGCAAAGCCUUCGCUUUGGUCUCUUCGCUGAGGUGCCAUGUGCUGAAGCCCGAUAAAACAACCUGCAAUACGUCGAUCACGGCGUGUGCCGCGGGUUCUGCUUGGCUGGUGGCUCUUUCCCUCAUGAAGAUGAUGCGGCACUGGCAUCUGCUGCCUACAGCCAGGACUACCGUGGCGACACUGGGCAGCCUGGGGCUGUUCUGGGCGCAGGCUUCGCUGCUCUUGGAG